AUGGUGAGGUUCCAGUGGCUGGUGGAGGAAGGCUACACCUGCCACACCCCGCUUGAGAAGGUGGUGUACAACCAGGAGCAUGGGGUGAUCUUUGUGACCAUGGAAUUUGAGAUCCCAGGACAAUCUGGUCCAGUGGAGGCCCUAAUUACUGUGCCGCCAACCUACCAGGACGAAAGCAAGAUGAAGGAUGUUGGGGUGGCUCUUGGUCAUGGCAUGAAUGCAGCAGAGUGGAAGGGCAAACUUAUGACAGAUAUAUCUGUAGCCCUUGCGAAACAAGGUUAUGUCGUGUUGCGGUACUUCUGCAAACAGAAAGAACAACGUAGGCAGAGACUAUUUGAGAAGGCUCUUGAUGCCUGCGCCACAUCUCCAUUGGCCAGAUGUGUGACGCGGUGGGUGUUGGCAGGCAUCGGAAAUGGGGCCAGAGUGGCAGCUGCCGUUGGAAUGAGGUGUCGCAGAAGUAUUGCUGGCUUCGUGUUUAUGUCAUACCCAUUGAAUGAACCAAUGCCAAGCAAUAAAGGUGCCCCAGCUCCAGACUCAGCUGGGCCCCUGGUGAAGUUGGCAGCUCCACUGCUUUUCAUCACAGCUUCCCAUGACAAAUUUUGCAAAGUAGAGGAUCUGAAAGGCCUCAGCGAAAAGAUGCCCUCUUCUGACAUGAGGCUGAUGGUCCUGCAGGACCAUGACCAGAAUUUCCGCACACUGUCCGGAAAAGGGCCAUUGUCAAGUGCCAUCAGCAUGCUGUGCAGCGCCACACUGGAGUUCGUGAACGCAAUACAAAACAAUGCCCUGGACUUGUGCACCUUGCCCCAACUUGUCCCCAGGGUUGAGGCACAGCUUCCCGUCGCAUUCACCUCGCCUCCCAUGCCACUUUCCAUUGGCUACCUGGCUCAAGGCAUGCCAACAUCUACUGUCUCAGUGCCCAUGGUGGUGUCAGAAGCCCCCGUCUUGUCGCCAGCGCUUAAAGAUGUGCCCCAGGCGCCAAAGACCAUGCCUUCAAGGCCUUUGUUGGCUCCUGACGUGCACCAAUGGGAUGGAUCCAGCUUCAUAUCUGCGACAGGGGGCCCUGCAUCACAAGAGCUCCCGCCAUUACUGGCACCGAAUGAGAGGCGUCUUGUAAUGCCAACGCCACUGUCUUUGGAAGUGCGAGGGGUUGGGGCUUCAAGCAUGCCUGGCAGCAGCGCUAUUCGCCCAGUGCUGCACCUACCGCUUGGAAACCCUUCCCAGAUGCAGUCUGACGGUUUGGUUGGAAGCAUGGUGCCCUUGGGUGUGUGGGAGGGUGGGGUGCUGCCACAUGCAGCACAGCGUAUGGGGCCCCAUGGAGGGCCGCCAGUAGUUGAACAACACGCAGGUGCUCCCAUGUCUAUGCCAUAUAGCGCUCCUCAUUUGUGA